AUAGAAUCUUUUCACUUGAAUUAAACCUUCCACUAUCGAUUGCUACCUGUCAAUCAGUAAAUAUAAUUCUCAAAUAUAUUUAAGUGUAUAAUCUAUGAAUAUAAUCGUGAUUUACAUAUUUUUUUCGAAUUUAAAAUAAAAUAUCUAUAAUUUUAAUUAAUUGAUAUCAUGGACACUAUUUCUCCAUUCUUCCGUUCACCGUUCACGGAUAUUACGGGUGGUAUGAUAGAUUUUCAGAUUUUGGGCCGUUGUGGGAAACAAGAAAUGGAUCUGAUGAACUGCAUCGAAGCUUAUGGCCUAGGUCGCGGUAUCAAGAAGUGUAAGGGCUACAUCGAUGACUAUGGAGAAUGUCGAACGCUUACAAAACAACUCAAACGUUUUUUGGCUAUACGCAAAGAACGGCAGAGGCAAAUAGCAUGCGGAAAGUUGACUGAUGAUAGGAAGUACGUAUCUCCUAGAGUCGACAGCUACUGAAAAAUAUGAAUUUAGAAUCUAUAGACACUAAAAAUCCAUUAAAUAGAAACACAAAA